AUGAAUUUCUUGUGUUCACAUCCUCUAGAUCCCAGCUGUGUGUCCAUGAAGAGUGACCAGUCAAUGGACCCUCCACCUAAACUCAGCGGACACAAUGAAAAUUCUAGCCGUGACCCUGCAGAAGAUCUCAAGACAUUCAGAUCAAAUCUGAGGGAGAAAUUUGAGUGUCUUCAUGAGGGAACAGUGAUUCAGGGAAACCCAACACUCCUGAAUGAGAUCUACACAGAGCUUUACAUCACAGAGAGUGAGAGUGGAGAGAUCAAUAAUGAGCAUGAGGUGAGACAGAUUGAGACACGAUCCAGGAGAGAAACAACAGAGGACACUCCCAUCAAAUGCAGUGACAUCUUCAGACCUUUACCCGAACAAGACAAAGCCAUCAGUACUGUGCUGACAAAAGGAGUCGCUGGCAUUGGAAAAACAGUCUCUGUGCAGAAGUUCAUCCUGGACUGGGCCGAAGGGAAAGAGAAUCAGGACGUCCAGCUCAUAUUUCCACUUCCUUUCAGAGAACUCAAUCUGAUGAAGGACAAAACUCUCAGUCUUUCAGAUCUUCAGCAUAUCUUCUUCCCUGAAACAAAAGAAAUUAAAAUAUCCAGUGAUGAGUAUAAAAUGUUGUUCAUCUUUGAUGGUCUGGACGAGUGUCGUCUUCCCUUGAACUUUGACAGCAAUGAGACUCUACAGGACGUGACCAAAGAGACAUCAGUGGAUGUGCUACUGACGAACCUGAUUUUGGGGAAUCUGAUUCCCUCUGCUCUCAUCUGGAUCACCUCCAGACCAGCAGCAGCUGAUCUCGUCCCCUCUGAGCGCGUCCAGCGAGUGACAGAGGUACGAGGCUUCAAUGAUCCGCAGAAGGAGGAGUACUUCAGAAAGAGGAUCAGUGAUCAGAGUCUGGCCGAUAGGAUCAUCUCACAUCUGAAGUCCUCCAGGAGCCUCUUCAUCAUGUGUCACAUCCCAGUCUUCUGCUGGAUCUCAGCCACUGUUUUAGAGAAGAUCUUGAGUCAAGCAGAGAGUGGAGAGAUUCCCAAGACUCUCACCCAAAUGUACACACACUUCCUGAUCCUUCAGACCAACAUCAAACAUGGCAAGGACUAUGAAAGGAAAGCGAAGGAUGAAGACAUGAUUCUCAAACUGGGAAAAGUGGCUUUCCAGCAACUUGUGAAAGGAAAUCUGAUCUUCUAUGAGGAAGACCUGAGAGAGUGUGGCAUUGAUGAGACUGAAGCAUCGGUUUACUCAGGAUUGUGUACUGAGAUCUUCAGAGAGGAGUUGGGCUGGUAUCAGGGAAAAGUCUUCUGCUUUGUUCAUCUGAGCCUUCAGGAGCAUCUCGCAGCUCUUUAUGUGCUGUUUACAUUUCUGCUGGACAAGAGAGAUGUGCUGAAUGAAAACCUCAGCUCAAAACAUGCACAUGAGUUCACGUGUCACACAAUAUCUGACCUGCAUCAGAGAGCAGUGGACAAGACUUUACAGAGUAAGAAUGGACAUCUGGACCUUUUCCUCCGAUUUCUUCUAGGUCUUUCGCUGAAGUCCAAUCAGACACUCCUGAAAUAUCUUCUGACACACACUGGAAACAUCCCAUACAGUGAAGAGAAAACCAUUGAUUACAUUAAAACAAGAAUAAGAAUGAAUCCCUCACCAGAGAAAUCCAUCAUUCUGUUUCACUGUUUAAAUGAACUGGGUGACCAUUCUCUGGUGAAUGAAGUACAGGAGUAUCUUAGAUCUGGAGGUCUGUCAAACACCAGACUGUCCUCGUCACAGUGGUCAGCUGUUAUCUUUGUUUUGCUGACCUCGGAGCAGUUGGAUGAAUUUGAUUUGAGUAAAUACAUAAGCAGAGAGCAAAACGAAAUCCACACAACACCUGAUGAACUUCUUCUGAAGCUCUUGCCUGUCGUUGAAGGCUCUAGAUCAGCUCAGUUAAGUUGUUGUAACAUCACAGAUGAAGGUUGUGCUGCUCUGAGUUCAGCUCUGAGAUCAAAAUCCUCCCAUCUGAGAGAAAUGAAUCUGUCUGAGAAUAAUUUAAGAGAUGCAGGUCUGAAGCUGAUCUCUGAAGGUCUGAACGAUCCUCGCUGUAAACUGGAAAAACUGUGGUUGAGGGAGUGUAGAGUCACAGAUGAAGGUUGUGCUGCUCUGAGAUCAGCUCUGAGAUCAAACACCUCACUUCUGAGUGAACUGGAUCUGACUGGGAAUAAACUAGGAGAUGCUGGUCUGAAGCUGAUCUCUGAAGGACUGAAGGAUCCUCACUGUAAACUGGAGACACUGUGGUUGUUUAAUUGUGGCAUCACAGCUGAAGGUUGUGCUGCUCUGAGUUCAGCUCUGAGGUCAAACUCAUCACAUCUGACAGAACUGAGUCUGUCUAGGAAUAAUCUAAGAGAUGCAGGUCUGAAGCUGAUCUCUGAAGGACUGAAUGAUCCUCACUGCAAACUGGAGAUAUUGUGGUUGAGUUAUUGUGGCGUCACAGAUAAAGGUUGUGCUGCUCUGAGUUCAAACCCCUCACAUCUAAGAGAACUAGAUCUGGUUGGGAAUAAACUAGGAGAGUCAAGUGUGAAGCUGCUCUCUGCAUUAAAAGAGGAUACACAUUAUAAACUGGAGACACUGCAGUAAGUAUCAGUGAUUAAUAUACAGUCUCACAUAAUAAUGUCAU